UAGGAUGCCAGGAUUCUUAGUGCCUGCUUCAUGCCCACAGAAGACAAGGAGAGAAGAACUGCAUCAUUGGCACAGAGUAGAAUUGGGAGAUGUCUGUCAGCUAAUUUGGGAAGGGAGCAAUUUUUCAUUAACAGAUCCAGAAUAUUAUAUUUGGGGACUUCCUAGGAGUGAGUCCUAAGAUAAAAUGUUCAGGAAUUACUCGCUGAAAAAUCUUCACUGCACUGCCUAUGGAACUCUGGUCAUGGAAGCAAGGACACGUGGUUGAUUCUUGGCAGUCGGCAGUCUGUGGAGCAUUUGCAGGUGGAUUUGCAGCUGCAGUCACCACUCCUCUGGAUGUAGCCAAGACAAGAAUUAUGCUGGCAAAGACUGGCUCCAGAAAUGCAAGUGGGAAUGUGUUGUCAGCUCUUCAAGGUGUUUGGAGAACCCAAGGGAUAUCUGGCUUGUUUGCCGGCAUCGUCCCUCGAAUCUCUUCCAUCAGCCUUGGAGGCUUCAUCUUUCUUGGGAUGUAUGACAAGAUCCGAAGCUUGCUUUUAUGAUUUUGGUCAAAAUGAACAGCUGUGGAGCUGCUUCCCCCCUCCCUGCCUAACUCUUAAGAGAAAACAUGCAUUCAUGAAAGUUAUUCUUUUGCCUUCCCACACGGUUCUGCUCCCCCUCCCCCCCA